AUGAAGUCCUGCUCGACUUGGAUGUUUCUUACCUUCCUGCUCCCAAGCGUCGUUGUGGCCUGGGGCGGCUUCUACCAAACCUGCAAAGAGAACUGGAACAUCGUGAAUGACAGGUUCAUGACCGCCCAGUGCACUACCCGAUCGGGAGGCGUGAUAUGGAGCUCACUCGACCUCAACCUCUGCCUGCAAAACGACCACGGCGACAUGAUUCCCACCGCGGGUGGCAACAAGGAAAAGUCAUUCAUUCCCUGGGGGUGUGGCUUCUGCGACCAGGGCCAGGGUAUCAUCCCCAAGACGCGGCCGCCGACGAGUUACCUGGAGUGUGUGUGCCGCAAGCCGCCAAUGGACGGGACAGCGUGGAACUGGACGCGUAUUGAUUUGAACGAAUUUAUUGUGAAUGAGUCGGGAAUCCUGAGCUGUUUUGGCAUCGCAGGCAACCAGAUCAUUGGCCAAGGGGGUGCUGAGACCCAUUCUACCGACGGCGGGCGGGAAUUCAACAAGACGCUACCAUCGGGUGCUGAAGAUAUUUUGAACAAGACGCACUUCGGCCAGCCACACUGA